AUGGCCGCAAAUUCCAUCCACUGGUUCCGGAAGGGCCUGCGUCUUCAUGACAACCCUGCGCUUCAGGAGGCGGUGCGGGGUGCAGGUACCAUCCGCUGUGUUUACUUCUUGGACCCCUGGUUUGCUGGGUCCUCCAACCUUGGGGUCAACAGGUGGAGAUUUCUCCUUCAGUGCCUAGACGAUCUUGACUCCAAUCUCUGGAAACUCAAUUCCCGCCUUUUUGUCAUUAGAGGUCAACCAGCCAAUGUUUUUCCACGUCUCUUUAAGGAGUGGCAAAUAUCCAGGCUGACAUUCGAGUAUGACUCUGAACCGUUCGGAAAGUAACGUGAUGCUGCUAUUAAAAAGCUUGCAAUGGAGGCUGGGGUGGAAGUCAUCGUCAAGAUCUCACACACGCUGUACAACUUGGACAAAAUCAUCGAGUUGAAUGGAGGUCAGCCACCCCUUACCUACAAGUGUUUCCAGACUCUGAUCAGCCGCAUGGACCCACCAGAGAUGCCAGUAGAGACCUUGUCCAGUGCUUUUAUGGGCUGUUGUGUCACACCUGUCUCUGAAGACCAUGGAGACAAAUAUGGUGUGCCUUCUCUGGAAGAGCUUGGGUUUGACACAGAAGGACUGCCUUCUGCUGUUUGGCCAGGUGGAGAGACAGAAGCACUAACCAGGAUAGAGAGACACAUGGAAAGAAAGGCUUGGGUGGCAAACUUUGAGAGACCAAGAAUGAAUGCUAACUCCCUCUUGGCCAGCCCUACAGGCCUGAGCCCCUACCUCCGCUUUGGCUGCCUAUCCUGUCGCCUGUUUUACUUCAAGCUCACAGACCUCUACAGAAAGGUAAAAAAGACCAGCACCCCUCCCCUCUCUCUCUAUGGCCAGCUGCUGUGGCGAGAAUUUUUUUAUACUGCUGCAACCACCAACCCACGCUUUGAUAAGAUGGAGGGCAACCCCAUUUGUGUACGCAUACCCUGGGAUAAAAACCCAGAGGCUCUAGCUAAGUGGGCUGAAGCCAAGACCGGUUUCCCUUGGAUUGAUGCCAUUAUGACCCAGCUGCGGCAAGAGGGCUGGAUUCACCAUCUGGCACGCCAUGCAGUGGCCUGCUUCCUUACCAGAGGAGACCUGUGGAUCAGUUGGGAGGAGGGCAUGAAGGUUUUCGAGGAGCUUCUGUUGGAUGCAGACUGGAGUGUAAACGCAGGCAGCUGGAUGUGGCUGUCCUGUAGUUCAUUCUUUCAGCAGUUCUUCCACUGCUACUGUCCGGUCGGCUUUGGUCGCCGCACUGACCCUAAUGGUGACUACAUCAGACGAUAUUUACCUGUUCUCAGAGGUUUCCCGGCUAAAUACAUCUAUGAUCCAUGGAACGCCCCGGAUUCAGUGCAGGCUGCAGCAAAGUGCAUCAUUGGUAUCCAUUACCCAAAGCCUAUGGUAAACCACGCGGAGGCCAGCCGCCUUAAUAUCGAGAGAAUGAAGCAGAUCUAUCAGCAGCUCUCCCGCUACCGAGGACUUGGACUUCUGGCCUCAGUACCAUCUACACACAAUGGGAAUGGGAACGGGAUUGCGUACUCUCCAGGUGAACAACACUCUGGGACCAACACAUCAGCACCCACCAUGUUGGGAAGCUCCGUUGCCAGUGGAAACAGGACUGGAAGCAUUCUGCUGAACUUUGACAGUGAGGAGCAUCAGGGACUGAGGUCAAUCCAGCAGCAGCAAAGACAGGGAUAUUAUCAAAUGCCUGACCAAGGCCACGUCACAGCCAACAGCAGUAACAUCUACCAGUCAAACUUCUCUAAAGAAUUAGCAGGUCCUCAACAAUCAGGUAAAAGAGAACGAGAAUCAGAACGAGAUGCUGAAGGUAAAGAGGAUGCACUCUCCAACUCUCAUAAAUUACAGCGAUAUGUUGCGGAGCUCACUUCUGUUCAUGGCACCACUGUGAACCAGCCUAGUAUGGUAAACAGAAAAGUCUCACAUUAGCUAAUUUCACAUUCUCAACCAGCCAAAUAACGGUCUUGUUAUGAACUUUAUAUUUAUUUUAAUUUGUUUAAUUUAUUUUUUUUAAAAGAGCUAGAGUGACAAAUCAGAGUGAACACGACAUCACCAAACCACCGCAUACUUUUUUUUUGUUAGACCAUCUGUUUUUAAUAAAAAAUAAAACAACUUAAAUGGUCAGUUGCACACCUGUGAAUUAUAAAAAUCUAGUCUUUC